AUGCUAUAUCAUUGUCGGAAAGUAAUUUUAUUGUCUACUUGUGGCUUGUUUGUACAACUGACGGCUUGUGCGUAUAUUUGUUUGUAUUUUAAUAAAUAAGUAUUUCGUUUUAAAAUAGAUUAUUUUAAGUGGUAUUUGCAUUUUGGUUAAAAUAUUUCAGUGAAAUGUGUGUGGUUUGUGUUUGUUUUCUUUUCUUUUUUUCUUAAAUAAAAUAUCUAUUUAAUCGCGCAUUACACGUAUAUAUGUUGAGUAAUCCAACAAUAAAAUUCCUUAACCUUCUUUCCCAAAGAUUUGCAAAUUUAAUGCGUGCUUCUCACACAGUCCUUUAUUUGAAUGCAAUCCAAUAAUUAUAAUUAUUUUUUAUACAGAAAUAUUCUUGUUUUAUUGUCGAUACAAUACUUAUGUUAAUAAGCGUUAAAAAUUUUUACAAUAUAAAAUUGACUAAAAAUAUUUCUAAUAAAUAAAAAUUGUCAUAAGAGAAAAAUGGAGAAUGUCUGUAGGUUAUGUCUUCGAAAGGAAGAAAGUAUGUUGUCUAUAUUUUCUUUUGGCAACGAAAAACUACUUUCACAAAUUAUAAAUUGCUGUUCUAUAGAGCACAAUCGUUACACGUUUCAGAUAUCAGAAAACGAUAUAUUACCUAAAUUAAUAUGUAUAGAGUGUGUUAAAAAAUUAGAAGGUUUUAACGAAUUUAAAAAAGAAUGUAAAAGAUCUGAUUAUGUAUUACGCGAACAUUAUAAAAUGGAAUUUAACGUUGGGUUUAAUUUAAAUAAUAUUAAAAUAUAUCAGGACGUUUAUGUACAAACUGACAUGGUAAGUGCACCAUUACAAAUAGAAAAACCAUCUUUGUCCACGCAAGCUAAGAAAAUAGAGAAACAAAAUAAUUUCAAUAUGUAUUUUAAUACUAACGAUAAUCAUAAUCAAGAUGACAAUACGAUAAUUAGUUCUAAGUACUUAGAUCAUGUAAUUUCAAGUACUUCAGAUAGUCAGAAUUCUUUUGAAACUAAUGAUAAGCCACAACUUCAAUACAAGUGGACAACAAGUAUGAAAGCCUUGGAAACUGUUGGUAUAAGAAAGAGCAAUCGUUUAAAAAAUAGGCAGAUUUCUACGUGUAAUUUUUGUCAAAAAGAAUGUACAUCUAGAAAAGCAUUACGCGAACAUAGUAAACAUCAUGAAAAAAAUCCCAAGCAAAAAUGCAGUAGAACAUUUAAAUGUGAAAUAUGUAAAAUGCCAUUUAAUAAAAAACUCAAACUCAAUUUGCACUUGAGAAUACAUGGUAAAAUAUUACCUAUAAAAAAUAAAAAACAAUAUUUAUGCGAUGUUUGUAGUAAAACUCUUACAUCUAAAUCUGGAUUACAAAGGCAUCUCAAAAUUCACAAUGAUUCCAGGCCAUUUGCUUGUCAAUUUUGCAGUAAAACUUUUAUUAUACUCAGUUACAAAAAGAGACACGAAAAAACACAUAGUGGCAAUAAAGAUUUUGUAUGCCAUAUUUGCAGUGCAGCAUAUGCAUCUCCUAACGGAUUCAAGUAUCAUUUAAAACUUCAUACGGGAGAAGCUAAUUAUUCUUGUGAGGUAUGUGGUAAAUCUUUCAGAAGGAAAAGACACUUAAAGGAACAUAUUUUUACUCAUACCGGAGAGAAACCAUUUGUUUGUAAAAUAUGUGGGUCGGCUUAUGCUAAUUCUGGUACUCUUUUUGUACAUGAGAAAAAAUGCAAAUCUAGACUUGGUCGCGGUAAUACUCUUUCUCUGAAGAAGGAAGAACUCAAAUGAAACUUGGAAAAGUUUUAAAUAUUACAUAAUUUCCUAAGUACCUGAUUCCUACAGUUAAUAUGUGUCUUUCAAGGUUGUUUUUUUGUAACCUAUCAAACAUCUAAAAUGUGUGUAAUUUAUUUAAAUUAAAAAUACUUAUAUAUAUAUAUACAUUUAUAUAUAUUACAUAUAUAUAUAUUUACUUUCACUCUAAUCCUGUUUGUAAUUUUGUAUUACGUUCAAAUAUAUCGUCUGGAAUCGCA